GAUGUAAGGGAAUAUGCAUUAUUGUUAUCUUUAUUAUUCUGGAAGCCCCCUCCCCCCCACAUGAGCACAUGUCUCAGAUUAGAAAACCUUGCCCAAGGGUUGAGGCUAUAAACUGAGAAGCGACAAGAGCAAGAGCAAGCGCCAUUUCGGUACUUUGCAGGCUGAGAGACACCAUGGAGGGGGACUUCACUGGCAAAGAGGCUUACCAGAAGCAUUUCCAUGCCAAAGAUUACUUAAAGACCUAUAUGUCUUUUGGCUCUGCUGACUCUUCAGGCUGCGAUGUUGCAUUCAGCGAUGUCAUGGACAAGCUCCACAAGGCAUUCACAAAGGAUGGCAUCCGAGGGGAGAUCCUCAUUGACAUUGGCAGUGGGCCCUCCAUCUACCAACUCCUCUCCGCCUGUGAGUCCUUCCAAGAAAUCAUUGCCACCGAUUUCCUUGAGGAGAACCAGGAAGAGAUGCAAAAGUGGCUGAAGAAGGAUCCGGAAGCCUUCGACUGGACCCCGAUGGUGAAAUACGUCUGCCAGCUGGAGGGAAACAG